AUGCCGUCGUACUUGGGAUUGGUUGCUCCGGUGCUCUGGGGCAGUUUAGUCCUGACCCCCCUAGUCAAUGCUCAAAGUAGUGAGACGAUCGUACGCCCUACACGUUACCGGACCAAUGCUGGUUUUCGGGAUUAUACCAGCCACGCGCAAUCCUCCUGCUUUACCCUCGACCAGCAGAGUCCGUUGGUCACAUUAGACUACGGCACCGAGGCUGCGGGAUUUCCAUUCUUCGAUGUUGACAGCAUCACUUCUGCUGUUCAAAUCGAGGCAAAGUACAGUGAGCCGUACACUGGAUUGAGUGAACCCUUUGGAGAUGGUCCGUUUGACUUCGCCAAUGGCCUCUCCAACACUUUCCGCGUCGAGACGUUCAACGUCACUUCUACCGGGCGCGUCGAGUCCCCCUUCAUCCAAGGAGGCCAACGCUGGCAAUAUCUAAAGCUUCUCACAAACGGUACGAUUCGCAUCUGCGGGGCUGGAUUACGAUCCUUGAACGAUCGGACUGCCGUGGACCAGCUGCCGGGGUAUUUCGAGUCGUCGAACAGCUUGUAUAAUGAAAUCUGGGCUCUGGGUGCCCGGACGGUGCAACAAGCAUGCAUUGCAGCCGGUGCAGCACCCUCCACAUGGGAAAUCGCCGAGGAUGGAGUGUAUCUGCGAGGCCAGCAACCUGCCCAAUCGGUCAAGGGAGCCUCGUUCGACAACUACACCUUGGCGUUCGAUACCAAGAUCAUCCGGGGCGGUACCGGCUGGAAGGUCGUCGCUGGAGUGGCGGGUUACGGCGCCUACUUCGUCCUGACCAGCGAAUAUCCCCAAGAGUCAACCUUUGUCAACGUCAACAAGACGGUGGUGCCGCCCAACUCCCUGGCGGUGGGCUAUGGCUGGAAUCUGGUCAACCAGAUUUCUCUCACCUCAGGCAAAGUCAACUACUACCCCAUCCCAUUCGACGUCAAAGAGGAUGAAUGGUACCGGAUUUUCACCUUUAUCAAUGCCACCGGCUAUGGGGUGACAGUCAAUGAAACCGAGAUCUUUGUCCCCUUGGCUACUCUGCAGACCCCAACGGGCUCAAUCGGCGGUUCGGGCAGUCUGACGGGCGGCACUUGGGGCUUUGGCCCGUACCAGGACCAGGUGGCACUGGUGAAGGAUGUCGAGGUGCAUGCUCAGAAUGGCACCUUACUCUACCACAACUCGAUGACAUCGGACUCAGUGCUGGAAGAAUAUGGUGUCUUGCCCAACACCCACUCGAUUUGUCUGGACGGUGCUAAGCGCGACCGACUCGUGUGGUCGGGCGAUUUCUUCCCUACCCAUCGGAUCGUCCAGACCAGUACAGGUCGCGAUGACUUUAUCUCGGGCACUCUGGAGUAUUUGAUCGAUCGCCAGGCAACUAGUUCCUCGGUAUAUGACGGGCUCUUCAGCAUGUCCCCGCAAAUGGGACAGUCUGCCAAGUACACCGAUGUAUACAGUUCCUUUGGUUUGCUCGACUACCAGUUCUUCACCCUGGCAGCCGUGGCUGGAUACUACAAACACUCCGACGACCGUGCCUUCAUCCAAAAGUAUUGGUCACAGAUUGAAAGGGGCGUGGAAGCGGUUGUGCAGCUCAUCGACGAGCAAACUGGCCUUGCCGUGACUGGCAACAUCGGGGCAUUUUUCACCGGAUCAAGCAAUGGCACUGCCCCGUCGGCUUUGCUCGCGUAUACUCUGGCUGAAAUGGCCAAUCUUGCUGCUGCUGUGAAUGCGACCGACUCAGCUAAGUCGUGGACACACCAUGCCGAGUCUAUCAAAGAGGCUGUCAAUCAGCAGCUCUGGAACCCGCAACUGGGGACGUACGGCGUCGACAUCAACACUCUGGACGAACAGGCCAUUGCAGGCAGCGCGUGGGUGAUCCUGUCUGGAAUCGCAAAUGUGACCCAGACCCAAUCUACGAUUGCCGCUCUAUCAUCGCUCCGCCUCGGAAUCGGUUACAAGAGCUCGACAUCGACCGCCAAUUCUUCGAGCACCAACCUUGCUCCGUUCCUGUCGGGAUUCCUGCUCGAGGCGCUUUUCCAAGCCAGUCGCGACAGCGCGAAAGCAUCGGCCGAACGGACCACUGCCAUUAGCGUGUUAUUGGAUCAGCUGUGGGCGGCAAUGGUCACCGAGGAUCAGUACUACACAGGAACAGCGUGGGAAUACCUCUACCCCGACGGCCGCCCCGGUCUGGACUUAUAUACCUCGCAUGCCCAUCCUUGGGGCGGCGCUCCUACGUUUGUCUUUUCGGAGUAUGUUCUUGGGGUUCAACCCACGUCUCCCGGGUUCGCUACCUGGACUUUCCAGCCGGCAAUCCUGGAUGUGAAUGUUUCGUGGGCUCGAGGCCGCGUACCCACUCCGCGAGGAUCGAUCCAGGCCAGCUGGCGGUUGAGCGGUUCCAACAAGAAGAGUCUGCAGCUGCAGGUUUGUGGGCCGAAGCAGACCAAGGGUGUCAUUAGCUUGCCGUUUGCCGUCAAGUCAUACACGGUGGAUGGGAAGACAGAAGCCAACAAGAGCCAGGUUGAAAUUGCGGUCAGCAGUGGAUCCUGCGCUGAUGUUCGUGUGUCCUUACAAUAG